AUGACAGAAACGACGAUACAAACAUUUAAUUCGUUGAACUUAAAUUCCAAAAGACUCUACCAAAAACAAACCAAUGUUUAUAGAAAUAUUCCAUCAGCGUAUUCAAUCAAGGAUUCUGUCAAUACUGCAAAUGCGAAUAGUAAUGACUGGCAUCGACUUUUAUUAGCUCGUUUGAAACCUGGUGUUGCUGGCAGAUACGACACAACAAGAAAACCAGAUACUAAAUCUCAUCGAUGCUUAGCAAGAUCCUUUGAAACCUCAAAUGUUACAUUACAAUCUUCUACUGACGAGUCAUAUAUCAUCAACGAACAAGAGAUCGUUGUGGCACCUACAGAUACACCCGAAGAAUUCGAGUCUCUACUAGAAAGUUCGAUACGAAGAGAAGGUCUCUAUGUCAAAAAUCUGAUGCCAUGUCGGUACAAUGACCACAUCACGUCGCUGAAACGUCGUGUUAGAAAGCAACAGUUAAAACAUUUUCAGAAUCAAAUAGCUAUCCUUCAAGAAACACCGCUUCGUGCAUCAUCACCAACCAACCUUUUUCUCAUGUCAUACGCUGAACAGCCACGACCAUUACGUCGCUAUAAACAAAAGAAGUCCACUUGUGUCGUGUCAUUACCAUUGUUAACAAACUCAUCAACGAGAGCGAUAUCCAAUCAUAUUUGUGACGAUAAACUGAAUCUCUAUGAAUGCUAG